CGCGCUCCAGUGAUUCACGAGUUUUUGUAACAAAAUGAUCGCAUUACUGCUGUUCGGGCUGAUUGCGGGCGCAUGCGCCGCCCCGCAGUUUGACUUCGGCGACCGUUCCUCCUUCUCACAAGGCUUACACUUUCACCUACGUCCGUACACAGAUGACAGCAUCUUCAACACACAGAGAUUUUGGUCGGACCUAUCAAAUGAAUUGAAGGAGUUGGAUGACAUGCUGGCUGCCCUCUCACGUCGCUUCCCCAACCCCGUGGCUCAAGAAGGAAUCGAAGGUAACGAAUACAAGAUCAUCAUCUCGCUGCCAGACUUUGAAGAAAAGGACAUCGUUGUGAAAGCCCGUGAAGGACUCUUGGCGAUACAAGCCAGCCACAAGUACGAGGCAGGCAGCGAGCGAAACUAUUUGGACGUAAGGACUCUUCCCACGAGCGUGAACGUCGCCGGUAACUGGAUUUUCGAGAACGGAAUCUUGAGGAUCACAUUCCCGUUGAAGGAGGGAGCUGUAACUCCUGAGACUGCUCAGACAUCCACGGAGCAGGUAGCAACCACCCAGCAACCAAUAUUCGAGGGCAGCCGGGAGGAAAUUGAGACGAACAUUAAGGAGACCGAUCAAGACGCUGAUGUCGGUCUAGGCAGAGGUGACAACGAUAAAGAAAACGAGCUGAAGACUAACGAGAUCCCAGACGCGAACAAAGUAGAGGCCACUACGUAUGCCGUGGACUUGAAAGACGAAGUUGAAUUUGUACCGGUGAGAUAUAGAUAGUGAUUUUGUAAAUAAAGAUUUAAGAAAUUC